UGUACUCAGCGCGCGCAAUACAAAAAGAAAUCGAAUUAACAGUUUGUUGUUUUUUUAUCGUCUGCUGGGCUUCAGACUAGACUAAACUAGACCGAGCAUAUGAACGAGUGUGGACGUCUAUUUUGAAAGGAAAGUCGUUAUAAUCAAGAUUUUUCCUUGAGGAUGAGUCAGCAAUGUACUUGGAGCUCAACAUUUUCGAACUUAGCAUGUUAUAAGGGAUUUUUUCCGAGCUACGUGGACGAUCAGCUCGAUUUCUCUGCUGACUUUUCAACGGGGGAGAUGAGUGAUCGUUUUGCGGAUUUAGCUGAAGCACCAAGUGAUCAAGGGACAGUUGAAAGUUCUCUUGCUCAGCACGCAGGAAAGCAAUCGAGAAAAAUUGGCCCAGAAUUAACGGAAGGGCCUGGCAGCAGCAGCAGCGGCAGUGUGUCCUCGGGUGGGGGAGGUAACGCUCGUAACACGGGGACAAGACGGCGUAUGCUACGCAAGGCGAACACUCCCCGGCGAAGCGCCCGGAGGAACGACCCUCGGUUCAGGGGAGUGACGUUCUGUGUGGAGACCCAAAUCUGCCAACAAAAUAGGCAGAGGUUCCAGCUCCUCAUUCGUUCCUUCUAUAGCAUGAAGAAAAGACAUUCAAAUGAUAGUGAGCGGGGACAGGCAAAGAUGAAAAGGCAAAAGAUGUCCCUGGUGGCGUCCACCUCAUCCAGUGGCUCUGAUGAGGCUGAGGCCGUGGUGCCCCAGACGGUAGCACAACACAUCGCAGUUCCCUGCGCGGGCAUUGCGCACGGAGGGAAGCAGUGUGCAUCCUGCUUGACUCGACACACCCCCUUAUGGCGAGACGCUGAGGAUGGAACCCCACUCUGUAAUGCGUGUGGCAUAAGGUACAAGAAGUAUCGCAUCCGCUGCACUGCCUGCUGGAACAUUCCUAAGAAGGAUGGCAAGUCAUCCUGCCGAGUGUGCUCGCGAUGCGGCAACACCCUGAGGUUUACCAUUCCCAAGCGCACCUACCUAUUCUAAUCAGCUAUGCAAAGGGCAAAUCAUUUCUCUAUUACAGUUCCUGCAAAAAGCACAAAACUGCCUUACAAACUAGACCUCACAUCGAUUGCACAGGUAUCACUAAGUAUUCAGUGAGCAUUUAGGAUAUGACAAAUUUGAGAGAAAAAAUUUAAGGUACUCAUCUACAAAAUAUUGGAUCUUAAAACUGUUCUUAUUAUGAAUAAGUGGCUUGUACAUAGACCAAUGUUGGGAGUGAUUUUCUUCAACUCUCUUCUUUCUUUGUGAUUGGUUUGAAGUGAGUUUACAGUGUGGAAACAAUUAUUUUAAUUGUAUGAUUUAUUUUAUAUUGAAAUUUGAAUUUGCUUUCACUUUUUAUUUUUGAAAAUGCACGAGCAGUUAGUGGACUGAAUUUUAAAACUUGUUUAGUCUGAGUAGAAAAGUGCAAACUAUUUAUUUAAAGUCUUUUACAACACAAGGAUUAAACUGCGUUAAUGGGUAAUGCAACUAUUAAGAUCUAUUUCUUGGCAAAGUUUGACAUGCAAGUGUAAACCAGGCACAGAUGUUUAUUUUAUCUAUUACUUGUUACAUUAUGUACAACAGUGAUCUUUCAGUUUGUAAAAUGUCCAAAAAUGGAAAUAGUUUUAGGUGUUAGGCUAAAACCUUUUUUUCCCACAACAGUGAAAGCUGGAACUAUUGAAUUGGCAUCUGAAACCAUAUUUACAGUGGUGUAGCUAUGCCUCCCCUUGCUGCCUUCCAUUUAAAAUUUUGCAAUGAUCACAGCCUGUGUACAAUUAAGUCAAUGGCUUCAUUUAGAUUCAUUUCUCACUUCAACAUAUGAGUGCACCCCCCAGGUGCCCCUCGGAAAUUCCACCCUAGUUGUUACACCACUGUAUGUUUAGAUAACUGGCAAAGUGCAAUUUGAUAAUUUUGUGUUUGGAAAAUUCAUGAAUCCACUGACUUAUUUUCAAUAAGUAUAUGCACUGAUAUCACUUCAUGGUUUAUGCAUUGUUUGUAGCAGGAAUUAUCAGUUGAAAUGAACAAGAAAUCUAGGAAUAUAUGUAGGCUAUGUGGGACUGCAACCAGUUAAUUUGUGGUGACCGUCUUAACACUGGGUACCAACUUGGCAUGUAAGAAUUUUGUAGAUUUCUCAUGUAAUUUUUUCUUUUUUCAAAUGCAGUCAUAUAACUGUUCAGGAUCCCCGAGGAUUACUUAGUCAAAUGAACUUCCAGAAACAAACUGGCAGGUGACAGUAUGUUAGAAUAUGAAAAUAUUUUAUAUAAAUAGGGCAAAAUAAACAAAUGUACUAUUCACACGAAAGUUCUAUUCAUGAAAUAUCUUAGUGAUAUUUUAUUCUUAAAAUGAUACAAGUAUAUCACCUUUCAUUUUUUGGAAUAAUUUGAUGUAAGUUGUCAUACAAUUCAAAUGCCCAAAGAUAUAUGUGCACUCCUUGAUAUAUGUGCCAAGUUUUCAACAAAUGUAAAAUACUUGGUAUUUAACUGUUGCGAUAACAGUCAAUAAAUAUAUUGUUGCAAUCAA